CUUUCCCCUCCACCUUUGGCCUCGCCGUUUCUCAUUCAAAAUCUUCUUUUAAGUUGGUUUUUUUAUUGGGCUUUGUAAUCGGCAAGCUUUCGAGUAUUUUAUGUUUUUUUUCCUGAAAUUUUCACGUUUCGAAGUUUUUGAAAUUUUUGACCGUUGGGGGAAUGGGACGAAGAUCGACUUGAAACGAGUUUGGAAAGCUGUAAAAUCUGAGAAAUUCUUGCUUCCCUUGCGGUACGCUUGGACUGGCUUGUUGGAGGUUUGUGCUUGUAGACGUUUGUAUCUUGAAGACAACGGGAUGUGCAAGCUCUUUUGUGCAAUAGAGGAAUAAACUUAAUCUGGUGCCUUCCUUAUUAUUGGCCUUUUUGAAUCUGGUUGAUGGGGAUAGUUCAAAUGAAUAAUAAUGGUCCUGUGGCCAAUGGGUUGGUUGAAUUGAAUACACAUAUUCAUGAUGAGCACAAGAAAAUAAGGGGUGGGGUCAUAGGUGAGGGGCAGGGCCUCUCAGUGGAAGAAGAGUCAUGGAUUAAUGAGGAUGUGGAAGACAGGACUGAUGGGAAGACAGAGUUGGUUCAGGUUCAGGGCCAUGCACAGGGUGAGCAAGAGAGGUCACAGCAACAGCCUCAAGGUCCUUUGGUUCACUGGGAGAGGUUUUUACCUCUAAGGUCUUUGAAGGUUCUACUGGUGGAAAAUGAUGACUCAACUCGCCAUGUUGUCUGUGCAUUGCUGCGAAAUUGUGGAUUUGAAGUUACUGCUGUGUCAAAUGGACUGCAAGCUUGGAAGAUCUUGGAAGAUCUAACCAAUCAUAUUGAUCUUGUUUUAACUGAGGUAGUGAUGCCUUGUUUGUCAGGCAUUGGCCUUUUAUGCAAGAUAAUGAGCAACAAAACUCGCAUGAAUAUUCCAGUGAUUAUGAUGUCAUCUCAUGAUUCUAUGAGUAUAGUCUUUAGGUGUUUGUCCAAGGGUGCAGUUGACUUUUUAGUGAAGCCUAUACGAAAGAAUGAGCUUAAAAAUCUUUGGCAGCAUGUUUGGAGGAAAUGCCACAGCGUGAGUUGCUAUAGUUAUCCCACUUUAUGUAUGAAACUAUAUGGACCAAUUAUGGAUUCUGAAGUUCAGUCUAGCAGUAGUGGAGGCCAAAGUGGUACACAGACCCAAAAAUCCUCAAAAUCAAAACGUACUGAUUCGGACAACAGUACUGGAAGUAAUGAUGAGGAUGACAACGGCAGUGUUGGAUUGAAUGUUCAGGAUGGAAGUGACAAUGGAAGUGGCACUCAGAGCUCAUGGACAAAGAGAGCAGUAGAAGUCGACAGCUCCCAGCCAAUAUCACCAUGGGACCAGUUAGCUGAUCCUCCUCAUAGCACUUGUGCCCAGGUUAUCCAUUUUAGACAUGAAGUGUUAGGUGACAGCUGGGUUCCAGUAACAGCGACGAGGGAGUAUGAUGAGCUGGAUAAUGAACUAGAAAAUGUUGUUAUGGGCAAAGACUUGGAGAUAGGGGUACCUAAAAUUACAGCUUCGCAGCUUGAAGACCCAAGUGAAAAAGUAAUGACCAACAUAGCUGGUGUUAAUAAAGACAAAUUAUCUGCAAUAAACCCUAAGAAAGAUGAUGAGAAACUAGAGAAAGCGCAAUUGGAACUUAACAGUGAGAAAUCAGGUGGUGAUUUGAGAAAUCAAGCUGCUGACCUGAUAGGUGUCAUCACCAAUAAUACUGAACCUCAUAUAGAAAGCGCAGUCUUUGACAUCCCAAAUGGCCUCCCUAAGGUCUCUGAUGCAAAAGAGAAGGUGAACUACGACACGAAGGAAAUGCCUUUUCUUGAGCUCAGUUUAAAGAGACUGAGAGAUGUAGGAGACACUGGAACAAGUGCCCAUGAACGAAAUGUAUUGAGACAUUCAGACCUUUCAGCCUUCUCAAGAUACAAUUCUGGUUCAACUGCCAAUCAGGCUCCAACAGGAAAUGUUGGUAGUUGUUCUCCACUUGAUAAUAGCUCGGAGGCAGUUAAAACAGAUUCUAUGAAGAAUUUUCAGUCUACCUCAAAUAGCAUACCUCCAAAGCAACAGUCCAAUGGAAGUAGUAACAAUAAUGACAUGGGUUCCACCACUAAUAAUGCCUUCAGCAAACCAGCGGUACUCAGUGACAAGCCAGCACCUAAAACUUCAGCUAAAUCUUUCCAUCCCUCUUCUGCCUUCCAACCAGUGCAGAGUGGCCAUGGUUCUGCCCUGCAACCUGUAGCACAAGGUAAGGGUGAUGCUGCACUAGGUAACAUGAUUUUAGUUAAAGCAAGGGGCACAGACCAACAGGGGAAAGCGCAGCAUCACCAUCAUCAUUAUCACCACCACCACCACCACCAUGUCCAUAACAUGCUCCCAAAUCAAAAGUUAGGUAACCAUGAUGAUUUAUCUUUGGAAAAUAUGGCAGCAGCAGCUCCCCAGUGUGGGUCAUCCAAUCUGUCAAGUUUACCACAUGUUGAAGGCAAUGCUGCUAACCACAGUUUGACUAGAAGUGCAUCAGGAAGUAACCAUGGAAGCAAUGGACAGAACGGGAGCAGCACUGUGUUAAAUACCAGAGGAAUGAAUCUUGAAAGUGAAAAUGGGGUGCCCGGGAAAGGUGGAGCUGGCGGUGGAAUUGGAUCUGGAGGCAGGAAUGGAGUUGAUCAAAACCGUUUUGCUCAAAGAGAAGCUGCUUUGAACAAAUUCCGCCAGAAAAGGAAAGAAAGAUGCUUUGAGAAGAAGGUUCGAUAUCAGAGCAGAAAGAAACUGGCUGAGCAGAGACCACGCAUUCGAGGACAGUUUGUGCGACAGGUCCAUGAAAAUAAAAACAGGGACACAAACUGCUAACAUACAAUGCUCGUCCCUUACUGUGUGCAAAAUUUUGCACAUCAGAUUAGCACUACUGGGAAGGAAGCAUUCAGAUUUCGUGGUGCAGGAUUGUGCACUUAGGGAUACAAAAUUACGUACUCUUGAUCAAAGACCAUAUUCAUUAUGAGGACUCUCAAAUCAUCUUGAAAUUGUACUUUAUUAAUCUGACCUAUAUGGCUACUGCCGAAACUAUUACUACUACCUUGCAGAAGGUAACAGCCCUUAAAAGGGUAGCCCUCUGCUAUAGUACCAUCCGUUAUGGUGUGCUGUUGUUUGUUAAAAGACUUGCAUGCAAGAAGUGGGUAUUUAAAACUGUUCUCUUGUGAGCAUCA